UCAGUCACGCACUACGAUCCCACACAAAAAAUGUUUGCCAAAAUUCUUGCCCUCGGAGCCGUAGUGGCUGCUGCCCAGGCUGGUCUGCUCGGCCAUGGCCACGGAUACUCCGUGUCUUCGCAGCACAACGUAGUGCACCACGACACCCACUACGACAACCAUUACGCCCCUGUGGUCCACGCUGCCCCUCUGGUCCACGCCGCCCCUGUGGUCCACGCCGCCCCUAUUGUCCACGCUGCCCCUGUGGCCCACCUCGGAUACGCUGACCAUGGUCAUGAGGACUACUACUCUCACCCCAAAUACCACUACUCGUACUCCGUGGAGGACCCUCACACCGGCGACCACAAGUCCCAGCACGAGAGCCGUGACGGAGACGUCGUGAAGGGCGAGUACUCUCUGCUCCAGCCCGAUGGCUCCUUCCGCAAGGUCGAAUACUCCGCUGAUGACCACAAUGGGUAA